AUGUUUGGCACUUCUUCGGUUGACUUGAUGGACUUCCCCGGUAUCAGUGGUUCUUUGGGGUUUAGACGUUGCAAGUCCCACACAUUCACCCUCCCGUUUCCCGAGCCUCCAUACACAAAUCUGCCAUCCGGUGAUAGCGAGGUUUGGCCAGAUGUUAAGAAUUUGGAGUUCAAAGGUUCGGAACCUGUCAGAGAACCUUGGAAGUCUCCGUUGAGGGCAUCGAACACCAGGUGGUCAUCAGUAGUGCUAACAAUCAGUCUCUUUCCAUCAUUGGAGAACUCUAACUUUGUGAUGUCGCUCUUCGUAUAA